UACAGACAGUAUGUCAAAUUCCUUUAGAUUCUCAAGACUUCUCCCGCGGUUUCUGAGAAGUGAUAAAGGAAAAUCUAAUUCUAAUGCUGACUGGGAAUACUCUGGCGACAAACCAAAAGAUGGACAUGUUUGUAAAGUAUUGUUCUUAGAUGACACCGAGAUACUGCUCCCUUUUAAGGGAAGUUCCAAGGGAUCGGUACUGCUGGACGAAGUGUACGGUCACCUGAACCUGGUGGAGAAGGACUACUUCGGCUUGAGAUACCUCGACACUUCUGAUCAAACUCAUUGGCUAGAUAACCAGAAAAGCCUGUCAUCACAGCUUAAAGGAUGUUCCAUACCAUACCUGUUGUACUUUGGUGUGAAGUUCUACCCGGUGGAUCCCUGCAAACUCAAAGAGGAAAUUACAAGGUACCAGUUUUACCUGCAGGUGAAACGUGACAUUGUUCAAGGUCGCCUCCCGGUGACCUUUGAAGAAGCUGCUGAACUCUUCGCUUAUGCCGUACAAUCUGAGCUAGGAGACUAUGGUCAGCGACUGGUACCAGGUUAUGUGUCAGAGUUUCGAUUUGUGCCAAACCAGACGGAGGAAUUAGAGGACACUAUAUCAGCCUUACACAAACGACUGAGCGGCCUUCGGCCUUACCAAGCAGAAGCCAAGUUCCUUGACAAGGUGAAAUGGCUGGAUAUGUACGGUGUCGACCUUCACCCCGUAAUGGGCGAGAGCAACACGGAGUACUUCCUGGGACUUACGCCGAUGGGUAUCGUGGUUUACAAGAACAAGACGAAAGUGGGCAACUACUUCUGGCCGAGAAUCAACAAGGUCACCUUCAAAGGAAAAAUAUUCAUCAUCAAAGUCAAAGACAAAAAUAAUGAUGAGCAUACUUAUGCAUUUGAGUUGAUGAGUAAACUCGCCUGUAAACACCUGUGGAAGUGCUGCGUGGAACAUCAUGCUUUCUUCAGACUAAGGCAGGCCAGUGACUCCUAUGCUAGGUCAGACUACAGUUAUAGACCUACCUCCCGUAGUCGGCGCGCCAGUGGUCGCCAUGAGAGACUUAGUCAAACAGAAAAUGACCGAAGACAGCCCAAUGUCAAUCGGGUAGCAAGUAAACGACAUCAACGCAGGACCUCAUCAGACUCCAGACUCAGUGCCCAUGGGGAAGGCAUGCCACACAUGGCGGGUAUAACAGUCAACCGUAUAGCGAUACCUCCCCCGGACAAAAGCACCAGACACAACAGGAGUCUGCCGGACUUACAGAAGGGCUCCCCUAAGAGUACUCGCUCGGCUCCCUGGGAAACCGAUGUGGAGGCGGGUCUGUAUACAUCAGGGAGAGACUCGCCAACAUCUAUGUACAGUGACGCCACAAGAUCCUAUCACAGACGAGUCGGGCCGCCAAGUGAUACAGAAAGUGGAUACCGCCGGAAACAUAUGUACUUCCCCAACAGAAAAGGAUCGGACAAUGAAAGCGAUGUUUCAUUCUCACGUCGUAGAAGGAGAGAUGGGGACAGUGGCAGCGAGUCUGAUGUAUCUCCGACACGUCCCAACCACCGUCGACCCAAGAGUUCCGCUGACGACUGGUUUGAAAGUCAAUGGAAAGAAGCCAUGGAAGGGAUGUAUAUUCCCAACAAAGAAAAUAUGCCGAUAGGUGGUGGCUCAUCAGUACAUUCUGCACCUACGGAGGAAUUUGCUGCCAAGCGACGACGACGACGGCGCAGUAAAUCUCCUGCUAAUAAAAAACCUCCGGAGGAAUUACAGCAACAUUUCAACUAUGAUCUGGUGGAUACAGAGGGUAUGACAGAGGCAGAACUACAGGACAUACCAUUCGUCCAAGUCGAGACAAAGGCAGAGCCAUUCCGUGUGAAAUAUUCUCCCAAAACACGACAGCGAUACCGAUCCCCAAAGAGGAAAAGUACUGGUGACAUUGAUCCUGAUCCUAGAUUGGGAAUCCAUCUGACCAAUGGAGAUUAUGCACUGCCUUCCUACCCCAGCAAUAAUACUCAGACCCCAGAGUCCAUACGACAAAGUUACUACAGCGAUACCAACAGUAACUACAAACACAAAAGUCAGAAUGACAGAUAUAACCAGCAGCCAGACAGACAGCUGCCGAACCGUCCUGGGACAGACAAACAGCCUUCAAGGCCAGGCAUGGACCACACAAAGCCUCGCUUUGACUACCUAUCCCAGGAUGGCAUAUCUCUAAACUCCCACGACACUUUGCGGAGCCGGGAUUUUGACUCCACUACCAUCAGCUCUGAGCAGGCAUCACUUGGCGUUUCCCUUGACGACAGUAGGAACGGUGUUGACCAAAGAUUUGAAAGCAGGAUGGAAAACGUAAGAGGAUCUAACAGAUACAGUGAUAAAACAGAUGACAGAAGAGCUGACCAGUCCAGACAGAAUGACAGGCCCAUCUCUAAUGACCAGAGCAGGGGUGAUAGGUCAAGGUCAAAUGAUCAAGAUAGGUCAAGGUCAAAUGAUCAAGAUAGGUCAAGGUCCAAUGAUCAAGACAGGUCAAGGUCCAAUGAUCAAGAUAGGUCAAGGUCAAAUGAUCAAGAUAGGUCAAGGUCCAAUGAUCAAGAUAGGUUAAGGUCAAAUGGUCAAGUACAACGCCCCAUGGCAACUCCGUCCAAUGAAUCCAGUCAGAUGCGGAAUGACCACAGAUAUCAAGGUCAGCCAAGGUCAUAUAACCCAGAGUCAAGGUCAAGUGAGCUCCCAAGGUCAUAUGAACGAGGAAGGUCUGAUAAACCUGUUCAAUACCAGCUGCGCAGCUCACAGCGUAAUCAUAACAAAGGGCGGGUAACUCCGUCCAGCAAUGUCCCCCCUGAGGAGGAGGGAGAUCAGCCACAGGAAGUUAAGGAGGAGGUUCAGGAGGGGGAGUGCAAUAUUGAGGAGGAGGCGGCUGAGGUUGUUGAUGUGUUUGAUGAGGAGACGGGGUCAAGACAGGCGAGAGGCCCGCCCCCUCUGCCUCAGAGGGACCACACCAGUACCUACACUCCAACAAGGGUAGAUCCCAGGAAUCAGAUAAGGGUGAGCUCGGCUCCUAGGAGCCAGUCAAGAAUGACCCCCGACACCAGGGAACAGGCCCCAACGAACUCUGGCCCCAGGCCCCAGGGAAGAAUAAACCCUGGUCCUCAGGGACAACCAGGUAUGAUCUCUGACUCAAGGAGCAACAGAGGAAUGAACUAUGACUCACCUAAUCAGGGAAGACAGAACGCUAGUCCUCAUAGUGCUCCAAAGAUGAAUGGUACAGUACACAACCAGGCAGUAUCAACCUCUACAAAUAAUACAACUCCCACAAGGGGUAGAGUGGGAUAUUCCAGUGUUCAGGACCGCCCCUUGCCCCACCCCCCAGUCAGUGUUCAGAACUCUCCUGCGGGAAACAGCCGGUCGUUUGUCACCAGUGACAGCAUCAAGAAGCUGUACAGCACUCCUCCAGACAAGCGCUUGUAUGCCACACAGGACGGUAUACGCCGGCUCUACAACCAAGACACCCCACCCAGUAAGGGGGUGUCCACUGGUGGUGUGUCGUCAGUAGGCAUGUCUACGGGGCGAAACCAGAACAUCCUCACCCCACUCUCCCAAAAUAUAAGUUCACAAAACUCUCAAAAUUACAACUAUAAUCAUUCUCCUGACAAAUCUGUACAGUAUGCGAGUUACUCAAGGGCAACCAACCGUGUGGGUGAUGCACGUGUUAACCGGGGCAUGACCACACAGAACAUGAUUGACAAGAGUGUGAUACCUCGGACAGUGUUAGACCCUGGUCAUAAUCGUGAUCUGUGGACGGAGAUUUGAGUGCAACUUGGAUCUGAGGCGUCUUAGUGUCUGAAACACGUCAUAUUUCCUCUUGUUUUUCAUUUAAAAUGGACAAAAGAGGAAAAAAGUGUGAUUAGAAGAUAUCAGACGUAAAACCUUUUGAGGAGCAGUUAGUUCCUAUAGGUUCUGUAUAAACACCCUCGCUGUCAGCUGAUCAUGUCCUCAGGCUUUGUCUCUGAUCAAUUUUCAAAUUAAUUUUACGUAAGCCUUCCAUUGGAAGUACAGACUCGUUGUAUAUGAAGUACUGUCGAAAAUACAGCAUGUCGAAAAUACAGCAUGUCGAAAAUACAGCCUGUCGACAGGUGUCCACUACAUAGUCCACGUGUUUUAACAUACCUCUGGUAAAAUGUUUGUGUUAUCAUAUACAAGGGAAGUAAGUACAUCAGAUAUGAAAUGUU